GGGGUGGGGACAAGAAGGGAGGGCGAUGGGGCUGGGCUGGGGCCUGGGGAUGUCCCCAACUCGGCCUCCGUAGGGGAAGUCGCGCGGACCUGCUGCUGGGGCGUCUGUGUCCCCCCUCCCCCGCCCCCCGCCCCUUCCCCCUCUCUGGGGCCUGGGGGUGACAUUGCUCCGUGCCCCUGCUGGGGCAGAAACCGACCCUCUCCACCGGCCGGCUGCCCCCCCACCCUUCCCUGUGGGUCCCUGCCCUCCCUCGGCUCCCCUUCCCCUUUCCCCCUGCCCACCCCGAGGCCCGGCCAUGGGGGCCGCGGUCUUUUUCGGAUGCACUUUCGUGGCCUUCGGCCCGGCCUUCUCGCUCUUCCUGGUCACGGUGGCGGGGGACCCGCUCCGGGUCAUCAUCCUGGUGGCCGGGGCCUUCUUUUGGCUGGUCUCCCUGCUCCUGGCCUCCGUGGUCUGGUUCAUCUUGGUCCAUGUGACUGACCAGUCGGACGCCCGGCUCCAAUAUGGCCUCCUCAUCUUUGGGGCUGCAGUGUCCGUCCUGCUCCAGGAGGUUUUCCGAUUUGCCUACUACAAGCUGCUUAAGAAGGCAGAUGAGGGGUUAGCAUCGCUGAGUGAGGACGGAAGAUCUCCCAUCUCCAUCCGCCAGAUGGCCUAUGUUUCUGGCCUGUCUUUCGGCAUCAUCAGUGGCGUCUUUUCCGUUAUCAACAUCCUGGCGGAUGCCCUCGGUCCAGGUGUGGUUGGUAUUCAUGGAGAUUCACCCUUUUACUUCUUAACCUCAGCAUUUCUGACAGCCGCCCUCAUUUUGCUCCAUACCUUUUGGGGGAUUGUGUUUUUUGAUGCCUGUGAGAGGAGACGAUACUGGGCCUUGGGCUUGGUUGUCGGUAGUCACCUACUGACAUCAGGAUUGACAUUUCUGAAUCCCUGGUAUGAAGCCAGCCUGUUGCCCAUCUAUGCAGUUACUCUCUCCAUGGGGAUCUGGGCAUUCAUCACAGCUGGAGGCUCCCUCCGAAGUAUCCAGCGCAGCCUCUCGUGCCGACGGCAGGAGGACAGUCGGGUGAUGGUGUAUUCUGCCCUGCGCAUCCCACCCGAGGACUGAGGGGACCUGGGGGAAACCCUGAGGGCCAGGGGUACCCUCUUUGUCUCCUGCCUUUCUCUCCAUCUCCAACUAUGGACAGCUGCUAAGGGAGAAGGCCUAGCUUAGUCAUUGCCCAGGAGAUUGAAAUUGGGGUACUUAAGGGUAAAGCGGUUACUGGGGUUUGCAGGGAUCAGAGAAGCUCCCUGUUAGCUAUCCCCUUUGCCCUUUUCCCUCCCCCUCACCCCAAUUGAAUAUCUCUCUUUUUCUCAGGUCUGUGGGAAAUAUUUUUUGGUUUGACAAAGAUUCCAAACUGCCUUUUGGGGGGAGGGGAGUUUGGAGCUGCUUCCUUCAAAAUUUUUUAGCCUAUUUUCCCAAUUCUUCUACUCCCCUUUGUCUACCAUCUUUCCCCUUUUCUCCCAUUGGCCAGAGAUCCUAGAGAGUAGAAUGAGGAGUAUUUUAGGGAGAUAGUAAUCUCUAUUCCUCCUCUUCCUCUCUCUCUUUCUCUCUCUGUCUGUCUUUGUCUCUCUCUCUCUCUCUCUUUUCUCCCUCCCCCUUCUCUCUCUUUCUCUCUCUCCCUUCUCUCUUUGUCUCUCCCUGUCUUUCUCUUUUUCUCUCUCUGUCUGUGUCUGUCUCUCUCUCUCUCUUUCUCUUUCUGUCUCUGUCUCUCUCUCUUCCCAGCAACUGGGAUAACUGGAACUUAAUAAUUUUUAUCCAACAGUGAGAGAGCUCAAGGUAGCCCAAAGGACUCUAGGGCCACAGUGCCACUGAGGGUUAUAUCCUGUAAGGAUUUGUGGAGGGACUGCAGGAAUUUUUUUCUAGUUUUUAAUGGGGAGGGAGGGACAUGGGGAGGGAAAAAAGAGGGAAUGACUUUUCUAUAAAAUGUAUUAUUUUCUGCUGGGGUUGGCAUAUCCCAUCCUUUUAAUCAAAGUAAGUGUGAUUUUUGACUAAUAAAAGGAUUUUAUAACAAUG